GUGUCCUGUUCGGUCAUCAAAGCGUGGGAAAAAUAUAUCUCAUCUCGUUGAUCCAAUAAUUUCUCAAUUAAUUAAUUUUCGAGGCGCCAGGGUACCACGUCCAACGCAAUAAUUACGAAGAGGAAAAUACUGUGAAUAUCUCGUGAAUAUUCUCAGUCGUCGAGAAGAACUCGUGGGAAUUGUCGAUUCUUUCCACAAAUCCGAUCGCGAAGGAAAAAACGCAAUCUGUCAGUUGACAAGUGGCUGUGAAUCGAGCCCUACAAUAAUUUAGCGGGCUUAAGACACUCCUAUCACGUUCGACUCAUCCUCAUCAGUAUACGUCGAACCUCGUCAACGUGAACUCGUCAGUUCAAUAUUCAAGAAGACAGGAAUGUUCAGUGCAAUUAUUUCCUCAAUAUCAAUUACUGACUCUACCUCAUUGACUCUCCCGUUUUGAACAUCAACUGUUUUAUGACUCUUCCUGUUUACAAGUGUCAAUCCUUGGAUUUAUUUUAUUCUAGUCCGUUCAAUUGUUAUUGUGAAUGAUUAAGAAACCGAGAUUUUCCAGAUAAGGAAAAUGACGGGAGUUUCAGUAUUCGAUGAGGUAGAACGAAAAAUAAGUAAGCACAGCCUGCGAAUAUCCCUGGACCUAUCACCGGAGAACAAUGCAAAUCCUCCCAGCGGGAUGAAAAAAUUCGUCGGAAGUGUCGACGACAUGGAAUAUGACAAAGAACCAGAGUCUUCAACUUCCUGUUUCGCACGGGGAAAAACCUCGAUGAGUUCCUGCUUUUCUGAGAACCGGAGAGUUGUCAAAUUUAUUAAAUACUCCAUUCUCCACGCAAUUAUUCUAGUUUACGCUGUUUUCGCUGGUCUGUACUGGAAAAAUAACAAUAAAAAUUGUGCACUAGAAUGGUGCGACGGAUAUGGAAUGCUCCUGAUUCUCCUGGGAAUAGUUUAUUUAAGUCUUUUUUAUUUUUACGUUAUCAAAAGAUACCUCAGUGAUACCAUCCAGGCAGUAUUUUUUCCGAUUUCUUGCUGCAUUCGAUCGAUUCGAGAGAAGAGUUGUCUCUCUCGUUCCCUGAAAACAAGUUUCUACGUGACACUCUUGAUUGCCCUAGUGAUCUUCUUAAUUUAUGAUACAAUUGACUCGAGAGAUCGUCUGAUAAGUGGCGUUGGUUUUGCAAUAAUACUCCUCUUUGGCUUCGUAUUCUCGAAGCAUCCGACUAAGAUCGACUGGAGACCUGUCAUCUGGGGAGUAAUCCUCCAGUUCGUGUUUGGAUUGAUAACCAUUCGGUGGGCGAUUGGCAGACAAAUCUUCGAGUGUAUAGCAAAUAAAGUUGCACAAUUCCUUGAUUAUGCGAAGGAUGGUGCGACUUUUGUAUUCUCACCUGGACUUGUUGACAACGGAGUCUUCGCUUUCUCUGUACUUCCUGUGAUAUUUUUCUUCAGCUUCAUGAUUCAAAUUUUGUACUACUGGGGUGCAAUGCAGUGGGUCAUAAUGAAACUGGGUUGGGCCCUGCAUUGGGUAAUGGGAACGACCGUUUGUGAAUCCUUGAAUUCAGCUGCCAACACAUUCCUCGGAAUGACAGAAUCACCACUGCUGAUAAAACCCUACAUCUCGAAACUGACAACAUCCGAAAUUCACGCAAUCAUGUGCUCUGGCUUUGCGACAGUAUCGGGAACAGUUUUGGCAGCAUACAUCAGCUUUGGCGCUCAACCCUCGCACCUGAUAACAGCCUCGGUGAUGUCAGCACCAGCAGCACUUUGUUACUCAAAAUUAUUUUACCCGGAGACCGAGAAGAGUCAAACGACAUUCAGAAAUAUUCCCCUCCAGAAAUCAGAGGACACAAGUGUAAUGGACGCAGCGACGAAAGGGGCACUGGCGGGGAUUCCCCUGGUCCUUGGAAUUGUUGCAAAUAUUGUGGCAUUUGUGUCGUUCAUUGCGUUCUUGAAUGGAAUAUUAUCCUGGAUCGGAGGCCUCGUUGGUUUUCCCAGUUUGACAUUCGAGUAUCUCCUGUCCAAAGCGUUUAUGCCACUGAGUUGGAUAAUGGGAGUCCCCUGGGAUCAGUGUGAGGACGUUGGAACCCUCAUUGGACUCAAAACAGUGGUCAACGAAUUUGUUGCCUAUCAGAAACUCGGAGAAUUCAAAGCUCAGGGGAGACUCACCCCUCGGGUGGAGGGAAUCGCUACAUUCGCCAUUUGCGGAUUUUCCAAUCCUGGAUCCAUUGGAAUCAUGAUGGGAUCGCUGGGAUCUAUAGCACCAGAAAAACGCGAGCAAAUUGCUUCUGUGGCCAUCAGAGCUUUCAUCGCUGGCUCCGCCGUUUGCUUUUUGACAGCAUCAAUUGCCGGAAUGCUCAUGAAUGAAGAUUUCUACGCGCCAGCUGUUAAUGCAACAACGAUGAGUGCAAUGACUACUAGCAGUUGAUAACUUAAUUCUAUAA